GUUUGUGCGUGAUGCGAGCGUCUCUACAGUACACACACACUUGCACCGGUGUGGAGACACAGUGACAGGACAGAUAAAUGGAUCCAACGGAGCCUAUUAAGAGCUGCUCAAUGCCAGAAGGACCCACUGGAGUUCUGGGGCCCCACAAACCACCAGCUCUGCUUGGAAACACCUGCAACCUGCCCACAUCUUCAUACUGCCAGUUGGGCAUGACUGGAAACUCUCUCCAAGCCCAGGCAUUGCAGCCAAACCCAGCUGUUCAGGAGAGAGGAGGAACAGACUCUGGCAUGCAGGCCGCUAAUUGCGUCAGCAUCAGUCGACCCAGGCCAACGGCGUUGGGGUCCAAGGCAGUAAUCAAAGCCUCAAGACCUUCUGAGCCCAACUUCCUGUCAAACUCCUCAACGGAGUCAGGAUUGCCUUACAACAGCCCCCAAAACCCACAGUACAGUCCCACCUCUCAACUCAGCCUCAACCAUCCAUCAGUCUCUCCAACGCUCCCAAGCCGUCCAUCACAGCCCAUCCGUGUUAACACACACAAUAACCUUAUCGCCAGAUCAACCCCAAACCCAAGCCCGCCAUUGAAACCCAUUCCUCAACCAAUCCAAAGCCCAGAAACACAGACACCCAACACAGGAGACACUGACAACAAGCUGAACAAGACCAUCAGUGAAGAGGGGGAUUUCAGGGUGCAUAUUGUCACAUGGAAUGUAGGCUCAGCUAUGCCUCCUGAUGACAUCACUUCCUUAUUUGGGCCCCAUGUUGAAAAUGGAAGCACUGACAUGUUUGUUGUUGGACUACAGGAAGUGAACUCCAUGAUAAACAAGCGACUCAAAGAUGCUCUCUUUACUGACCAGUGGAGUGAGCUCUGCAUGGAAACACUCAGUCGUUUUGGAUAUGUGUUGGUUGCGUCUCAGAGGAUGCAGGGUGUAUUCUUGCUGGUGUUUUCCAAAUUCUGUCACCUUCCCUUCCUCAGGGGAGUGCAAACCCAAAGCACACGCACCGGCCUGGGAGGCUACUGGGGGAAUAAAGGGGGCGUGAGCGCACGCAUGAUGAUUUUCGGACACCCUGUAUGCUUCCUGAACUGCCACCUGCCAGCUCACAUGCGGAACCUGGAGCAGCGGAUGGAGGACUUUGAAAGCAUCCUGCAACAACAGCAGUUUGAGGGUGGUGCUGCAGUUGGAGUGCUAGAUCAUGAUGUGUUGUUCUGGUUUGGUGAUCUGAACUUCCGAAUUGAAGGCUAUGAUAUUCAUGUGGUGAAAAGUGCAAUUGAGAAUGACAAACUGCCUCUACUGUGGGAGAAAGAUCAGCUCAACAAGGCAAAAAAAAGUGAAUCAGUGCUGGAGGGAUUUAUGGAGGGACCCCUCAAAUUUUCUCCAACAUACAAGUUUGAUGUGGGAACACACACUUAUGAUACUAGUGCAAAAAAGAGGAAGCCAGCAUGGACAGAUCGCAUCCUGUGGCGUCUACGUCGGACGGGCUCCCCCGUGCCUUCCCAUAAUUCUGCUCUGCAGCGGGGUCUGACCUCAUGGCUGGGCGGAGCCACCAAAGUCUCCCAGCAGUUCUACCACAGUCACAUGGGCUUUACCAUCAGCGAUCACAAGCCUGUAUCGGCCCUUUUCUCUUUGCAUUUUCCCUUUAAGGUUAACCUGCCAUUAGUAACACUGGAAGUGGAGAAAGAAUGGACUAAAUUCUCUGACGCUACAGCAAAACUGACGAUGGCAACCAGCUUUCAGAGGAGUUCAUGGGACUGGGUGGGAUUGUACAAGGUGGGAUUUAAGCACCACAAGGAUUAUGCUGUCUAUGUAUGGGCCAAAUCUGAGCAUUUGACACAGGUGACGUUCUCUGAGGAGGAUUUGCCCAGAGAGCCAGGGGAAUAUAUUCUAGGAUACUACAGUAACAACAUGAACAGCAUUGUUGGAGUGACGGAACCAUUUCAGGUGCAUCUGCCCAUGUCCACGCCCCCUGCGCCAGCAUGCCGUUCACGUUCAGACAGUUCUGACGUCAGCUCUGAGGAUGACAGUACGCUGGUCCUGCUGGCCCCCAGCUCUCGCAGCCCCAGUCCAGGCAAACGGCAUCACCACCAACAGAAACGGCAGCGCAGCCGCAGUCCUGCUGUGCCGGCGCUCUCCACCUCGCCUCUUCCCUCCCUGCAGUCUCUCAGCCUCUACCCAUACACCCGUGACGCCCCCUCCUCCUCAUCCCAACGACUUUCUGCCAAUGCCAAAAAAGAGACUUUGGUUUCUCCAGACAGAUUAACCUCACCCUCCCUCAGUCCUCUUAGUCCGAGGAGCCCCAUAUCUCCCAGGAAUGGAGUCAGUGCUCCGGAGGCUCUGAUAGCAGCCAUAUUAGGAGAGCACAGGCUUGCUCAGAUAGGCAAAGAAGGGGAUGCCAUUCUUUGACCAAUCCCCCAUCACACCCCUUCCUUCCAAUUAUAGACUGUAAUGCAACUCUAUCUCUAAGAAAUGGUCUCUCUUUUACCGUUUCUACGGCCAGUCCUGCAGCUAUCUGUGCUCUCACUGAUGGAUGGUUAAUUUCUAUGUGCAAAUGGCAAAAAUCAAAUUAGAGAAUCAGUUUAUUCCUUUCAUUGUAUACAUAUCAGAGGCUCAGCAGGAUCUUAUCUUGCCUUGCCGCACUUAAUUGCUUAACGAACACUUUCUCAGUUCUCUGUGUAUGCUUCAUCUAUAGAGAUUCAACUGGUCUAACCAUUUUCCUUUUUUUAUUAAUAAUGAUCAAAUCCCUCCUGUCGUAAUCAGGCAUUGUACGAUAAACUAAACAAAAAGCAAAUAUCAAGCAUUCAAACUUAGGGUUUUUCUCUAAUAUAUAUAUAAAAAAAAGAUAUAUAUUUUAGAUAUUAUAAUUACGUUUUAAUGUAUUUCUACUGCAGUGUUGGAGAAGCUACUUUGAAACUAUAGCUUUCCAAGAUACAAGCUACUUGUAACUUACAGGAGCUAAACUACAGUUAAGCUAUAAAAAAAUAAGUAGCUACACUACAAGUUAAUAACAAAAAGUCGUUUAACUACUUUG